CCGACCCGCCAGGCCCCGCGCGGCUCGGAUCUGGCGGCGCUGCUAGGGCCGGGAGUGGGUUGGGGAGAAGCUGGGGCAGGGCAGGAGCCGCCGGAGCUGUCGGAGCCGUGACACCCAGGGCAGCCUCACUCAGAAGCCACAAGGAAAGCUAGUGGAGUCCCUCAUCCCUCCAACUUCUCUUCCAAGCUGCCCCAUGGCCCUUGAUCCAGAAAGCCACUUCAGAAAGUAGACAGUCAUUUCAAGGGCACAGCAAGGUUUACUACGAAGUGAGGGACUCUUGGGCAUUAUAAACUAUGCAGAUGAGGUCCCUUGGGAGAAACGCCUCGAGGUGCCCAGGCUGAGACGGGGGGGAACGACAGUGUGAGCUCUCGAUGGUGUGAGACCACCCCAGAGCCAGACAAUGGCUACAGCCUUGGAACCGGAGGACCAGGAUCUUUGGGAAGAAGAGGGGAUUCUCAUGGUGAAAUUGGAAGAUGAUUUCACCUGUAGGCCAGAGUCUGUCUUACAGAGGGAUGACCCUGUGCUUGAGACGUCGCACCAGAACUUCCGGCGCUUUCGCUAUCAGGAAGCAGCAAGCCCUCGGGAAGCUCUCAUCCGACUCCGAGAACUGUGUCAUCAGUGGCUGAGGCCAGAGAGGAGGACAAAGGAGCAGAUCCUAGAGCUGCUUGUGCUGGAACAAUUCCUUACUGUCCUGCCCGGAGAACUGCAGAGCUGGGUGCGGGGCCAGCGGCCAGAGAGUGGCGAGGAGGCCGUGACGCUGGUGGAGGGUUUGCAGAAACAACCCAGGAGACCAAGGCGGUGGGUGACUGUCCAUGUUCACGGCCAGGAAGUCCUGUCCGAGGAGACAGUGCAUCCAGGAGCAGAGCCCGAGUCACCUAGUGAGCUUCAGGAUCCUGCACAGACCUUGACCCCCGAGGAGUCCCAUGAGGAGACCACACAGAGCCCAGAUCUGGGGGCACCAGAAGAGCAGAGCCUGUGCCAGGAGUUGGAGUUCCAGCCCCUGCAGGAGAGCGAGGUUCCAGUGCCCCAGGACCCAGCCCUUCCUGAAGAGAGGAGCCCUGGAAACCCAGAGAUGGUUGCCCUUCUUACUGCUCUAUCACAGGGAUUGGUAACUUUCAAGGAUGUGGCUGUAUGCUUCUCCCAGGACCAGUGGAGUGAUCUGGAUCCAACACAGAAAGAGUUCUAUGGGGAAUAUGUCUUGGAAGAAGACUGCGGAAUUGUGGUCUCCUUGUCAUUUCCAAUCCCCAGACUAGACGAGAUCUCCCACAUGGGAGAAGAGCCUUUGAUCCCAGAGAUCCCAGAGGCACAGGAGCCUCAAGAGCCAGAAAUCCUGAGUUUCACCUACACAGGAGAUAGGAGUGAAGAUGAGGAGUGUCCUGAGCAAGCAGAUCUGAGCUUGGAGGACCUACACAGGUCUAUCUUGGGAGAUGCAGAAAUUCACCAGACUCCAGAUUGGGAAAUAGUCUUUGAGGGUGAUCCAGGUAGACUUAACGAAAGAAGAUUUGGCACAAAUAUUUCUCAAGUUAAUAGUUUAACGAAUCUUCAGGAAACCAUGCCUGUCCACCCCCUGUUAGGGAGACAUCAUAACUGUACUGUAUGUGGUAAAAGUUUCACUUGUAACUCCCACCUUGUUAGACACCUGAGAACUCACACAGGAGAGAAACCCUAUAAAUGUAUGGAGUGUGGGAAAAGUUACACACGGAGCUCACAUCUCGCCAGGCACCAAAAGGUCCACAAAAUGAGCGCUCCUUAUAAAUAUCCCCUAAACCGGAAGAAUCUGCAUGAAACCUCCCCUCUGGUCCAGGUUGUGAGAACUCCACCUGUUGAGAAACCCUAUAGGUGUGACGAUUGUGGGAAACACUUCCGCUGGACUUCAGACCUUGUCAGGCACCAGAGGACACAUACGGGAGAGAAACCCUUCUUCUGUACUAUUUGCGGCAAAAGCUUCAGCCAGAAAUCCGUGCUCACAACACACCAAAGAAUCCACCUUGGAGGCAAACCCUACUUGUGCGGAGAGUGUGGAGAGGACUUCAGUGACCACAGGCGGUACCUGGCCCACCGGAAGACGCACGCGGCCGAGGAGCUGUAUCUGUGCAGCGAGUGUGGGCGCUGCUUCAACCACAGCGCCGCCUUUGCCAAGCACCUGAGGGGACACGCCUCAGUGAGGCCCUGCCGCUGCACCGAGUGUGGGAAGAGCUUCGGUCGGAGAGACCACCUCGUGAGGCAUCAGAGAACACACACUGGUGAGAAGCCGUUCACGUGCCCCACCUGCGGGAAGAGCUUCAGCAGAGGCUACCACUUAAUCAGGCACCAGAGGACCCACUCAGGAAAGACCUCCUAGCCCGGUCCCCACGUGCGGACACCUGC